AAUCAUUCAAAUGGGCUCUCAAGCAGCCAACUGGCGCACUACGGCGCAGCCUCUGUCUGGUCCUUCGCCACCACCGAAUGUGGCCAGACGAAAUGUCAUGCUCAGCGCAUGCACAAUCCCCGACGGUCUCGUCGCGAUGUUCUGUCAACAGAACAUUCCUACCCACUCCAUCCUCUGGAGUCACCCUAUGUAUAGUAACCAUGGUGCUGAUGAACAUCCGGUGAUUAUCAUUAGGAAGAGCAGCGACGGUGAGGUUGCUACCUGUGUUAUGGGUACCAGUUUGCGCAGUACCCGGAUACAAGACAAACACCAAGGCCUGGCGCUAGAGCAAUAUAUGGCCGUUGACCAUAACCAGACGGUCGCACAUAACCGUCUGCCAAUCCUGCACCUUGCAGGAGGCCGUAAAAUGGACAAGCAGACGUAUGUCCGCCUGGAGCCCUUCAAGAUCGAGGCCCGCUACCUGGAGGAGUGGCGAGAUGGAUGCUGCGAGCUCACCAAAUGGUCAAUCAGGAGCUGCAAUCACAACUCAGCACUCGCAGCGUCAUCCAGAAGAUUCAAGCCCGGCAAUACACCAGGCCAUAUCGUCAGACUGAACGAGUGCCUGCCAAAGGGCGGGACCUUAACAAAACCUGGAAACGAGUCUCCGGCAGAGUCGGAAGCUCAACCAGGCUCCCAUUGUUGCGGUGCAUUGAGCAACUCCACCAAAAAUCUUACCAACAACCUCAUCAACAACCUCAUCAGCUCUUUCCAUUAAUUGGCGAAUCAGCAAAGGUGUUCAAGGGAGGAGACAGAACAAGGAUUUGGACUUGGUCGGACCUGCGUGGAGGCCGGGCAGUGUGCACCUCGGUGAGGAUGUUCAUUGACCCAGGUUGGACAGGACGGUGGG